AUGUCCGGGGAUACCCUGCAGUUUGAGGCUGAAGAGGCUCAAGCGGGAAGGAGCGCACGACCGAAAUACGACCGAUGGAUGCAUGCUUCCGUUUUAGUGCUAGAGGCGGCACAGCAGCAACUCGGAGCAGGAUCGAGCUAUCAGCUACCACUCGGAACCGACUGCUGCCUCGCGGAGAGCACAGCUCGAGGCUUCAUAUCCUUCGCCUGA